GCGGGCGGCGGCGAGUCGGGAUAAACACUCGGCGGUGGCGGCUGGGCUCUGGGCUCCGUGCUGUCCCAGCUCUGCCCCUCCUGGCUGGCCAGCGCGGCGGCUCCUCGGUGUUCCCGGCCGGUGACCCGCGGGCACGGAGAGGCGGCCCGCCGGGUGCAGGAUGGCGACAGCCGUCGGGAUGAACAUCCAGCUGCUGCUGGAGGCGGCCGACUACCUGGAGCGGCGAGAGAGAGAAGCUGAGCAUGGGUAUGCCUCCAUGUUGCCGUACAGUAGCAAGGACAGAGAUGCCUUCAAACGGAGGAACAAGCCUAAGAAGAACAGCACCAGUAGCAGAUCAACUCACAAUGAGAUGGAGAAGAACAGGCGUGCUCACCUCCGCCUGUGCCUAGAGAAGUUGAAGGGAUUGGUGCCACUGGGCCCUGAGUCAAGCCGACAUACCACACUGAGUCUGCUGACAAAAGCCAAAUUGCACAUAAAGAAACUUGAAGAUUGUGACAGAAAAGCUGUCCACCAAAUAGACCAGCUUCAGCGUGAGCAGCGGCACCUGAAGCGGCGGCUGGAGAAGCUGGGUGCUGAGAGGACUCGGAUGGACAGCGUGGGCUCUGUGGUAUCCUCAGAGCGCUCUGACUCAGACAGGGAAGAGCUGGACGUGGAUGUGGACGUGGAUGUGGACGUGGAGAGCACAGACUACCUCACUGGGGACCUGGGCUGGAGCAGCAGCGUGAGUGACUCGGACGAGCGAGGCAGCAUGCAGAGCCUGGGCAGUGAUGAGGGCUACUCCAGUGCCAGUGUCAAGAGAGCCAAGCUCCAGGACGGGCACAAGGGAGGCCUCGGGCUAUAGGAGAGGGCCCACGGGUCCUCUCCACCACACCUGGUUAGGUAGUGCACCAGACCUGCCCAGACGCCCUUGCACGCAAACCUUACGUACCACCUUGACCAAAAUCAGCCCUGUCCACUUUGCAGAAAAGCACAUAGGGUUGUGGUCCUGAGUGCGGUCGGUAGCUUCUCUGUCCAUUCACGUCGACGCUGAGAGACUGUACAUUCCAGUCAGUUCGAAGCACCCAAGAAUCCUUAGCUCUAAGCAGUUCUCGCCUCUCAGCAGCCCCCUGUGCACUGUCCUCCUGCAGCUGACCAGCUCUUUCCUAGUUUUUUGGCCUAUAAUGGUACUCACCCUGGAGAGAAGCUCACUCUUUGUCUGGCACGUAGGAAACCGAAGCAAAGAAACUUCUCGAAGGGAACUCAAUCUCAGAAACCCCAAAGAAAGCUUUGAAAGCAAAACCGAGGAGCAUUGAGAAGCCAGGAGUACCUCCAGCAAGCUCUGCUGCGGCCCAGCCGCAUGCCACGGUGUCCCCGCUAAGAGCGGGCACUCGGCAGCUCAGGAGAACAGUGUGCCCUGCGUGCUGUUCCGGGGGCCUGGCUGUGUGCUGUUCUCAAGCACCCCGUGCCCUAAGUUUGUUGAUGCUACUAGUCUCUGGAACACUGUCCUACCUCAGAGAUAGAUGAGAUCUCCAUUGUCCACAGAACGAAAGUGAUUGUGCUUCUUUGUCCCCACGGUCUCCUCUACCUGCUUCCCUGUUGGACUCCCAGCAAUAACUGAGUUCUGGCGCUGGCUGAGCUAGUAGCCACUGUCUCUGAGAGAAAAGGGCCACAUUUCUUCUCUGUGGCAAGUAAACAGGAGGGCCUGUGUCACCAGGGCUCUCCUGCUGAGCUAUUUUUGAACACAUCUGGGAGCCUCCUUCUGGAGACUUCCA